AUGGCGGCAUCGAGUACAUCCAACGUCACGGGGAGGCGACGUUCCGGCCUUAGGAGUUCGACGGGCCGUUUAAGCAGCCACUCCUCCAUGGCGAUGAUCCCGGAGAUGGAGGUGGACCCGCGCGUUGCGAAUCUCUCCCGCGUGGCAGUCUACAUUGAUGUUCCGGACGACACUCUGAAGAAGAUCAUCGACAUCGCUGUGGAGGCGUACAAGAGGUUUGUGCUGGCUCCCACACGCAACACGUGGAGGAAGGAGGAGGGCGCGAGAAAAGAACUGGAGCGCGAAUUGGAGCGCACGGCGCUGAGGGACAUUGCGGAAAUGAUAAAGAAGAAUGUGGAGAGCACUUUUGGAGGGACGUGGCAUGUUAUUUACGGGCGUUCGUUUGCCACGUACGUGACUCACCAAACACGUUCCUUCUGUCACUUUCAGCUGGAUGGCGCCAAUGUUGUCGUCUGGCGCCAUGGUGGUUAG